AGGCGAUUUCCGUUAGGCAACCAAACGCCGCGCAACGGUCACACUGCACCCCGCAGUUGCAUCUGGCAUCUGGCGGUGUUUUUUUGAUUUUUUCUCAGUGCUCUCUAUCCCUCCGGCCAAGCGCCAUAACUCCACAAAACUCGAGCCGGAAUUGAAUUCCAGCACACCACAGACCACAUCCAGCAAGGAAUCCGCUAGCGAGGAUCGUGCUGAAACCAAGUGGAAGUGGAGGAGACGAGGACUCCAGACGCCGCUCACAAUAACAAAAACAACAAACGACGAGUGCGCUCACACGCAAACAGGCAUUCAAAAUGGCGCCCACAAAAGCAACAACGCGCGCAGCCAUCGCAGGCGGGCAUCAUCAGCUGCAGCAGGCAGGGAAUCCCAUCCUGGGAGCCCUGGGAGCUGCCACCAGGAAGGGCCUGAGUCGCAGGGCGGCCGCUACGGGGAACAUCGAUCCGAAUGCCGAGAAUAUGCAGACGCGCGCCAAACGCAAGGCCGACCACAGUCCCAUCAAAAAUGACAAAAUCAAGCGCUCGGCGCUGGGUAACCUAACGAACAAUGUUAAGAUCAUGACACUGCAUCCGGGUCAGGAUGAGGAGCAGUCGGGCGUGGGUAAAAAGCCAACGGCCCAGCAACUGCAGGCCCUGCUCGAUGCUAAGAAACAGGAGAAUCUCAGUGUAAAUGUCUUUGCCGCCAGCAAGAUGACCACGCGCGCCUCCAGCAAAGUGGAUGACUCGGUGGAGAACUGUCACAAGGUGCUCGAUAAGCUGGAAGAGGCGUUGGCCAGGCCCAAGCCGCGUCCCAAGGCAGUUCCCGCCGCAAAGAAGACAGUUUUGGGGGAGAUUCAGUUGCCGGCCAUGCCAAAUCCUAUGCAGAUUCCCGUUCUGCUGCCGCCUACGCACAAUCUGGCUGCUCCCCAGGUUGCCGCCGUUAAGCCAGUUCGCCGGAUCUCUAAUGACUUUAACAAGACUGAGGACAGCCUGUAUAUGUCCGCGCUGGAGGAUGUCUCCAGUUGCGAUUCCAUGCGGCUGUCUGGAAACUUUGAAGCAGCGCGUCGUCGCUCUGCCAAGUUGCAGCAAAAGACUGAGCAGCAGCAACAGUCGCUGUUGCUGACACUCCCAGAGACUGCUCCUAGCCAGGUGGUGCCCAUUUUGCCAGUGCCCGAGGAUGUGGAGGACUUCGACCGCAAGAACUGGGACGAUCCCUUCCAGGUGUCCCACUACGCUAUGGAUAUAUUCAACUACCUCAAGGUGCGCGAACCGGAAUUCCCCAUUUCCGACUACAUGCCCAGGCAGAUCCAUUUGACCCCCUGGAUGCGCACCCUUUUGGUCGACUGGAUGGUGGAGUUGCAGGAAACGUUCGAGCUGAACCAUGAGACUCUGUACCUGGCGGUGAAGAUCGUUGAUCUGUAUCUCUGCCGUGAGGUGAUCAACAAAGAGAAGCUGCAACUCCUGGGCGCCGCUGCCUUCUUUAUUGCCUGCAAGUACGACGAGCGACAGCCGCCGCUGAUCGAGGACUUUUUGUAUAUCUGCGAUGGGGCCUACAAUCACGACGAGCUGGUGCAGAUGGAGCGGGAGACGCUGCGCGUUAUCAAGUACGAUCUGGGCAUCCCGCUCUCGUACCGUUUCCUGCGCCGCUAUGCCCGUUGCGCCAAGGUGCCCAUGCCCACGCUUACCCUGGCCCGUUACAUCCUGGAGUUGUCGCUCAUGGACUACGCCACCAUUUCGUUCAGCGACUCGCAGAUGGCUUCCGCCGCAUUGUUCAUGGCUCUCCGCAUGCACGGCGGUCCGGGGCAGCUGGACAAGCAGACUUGGGGCUCAACGCUCACCUACUACACCGGCUACCAGCUGGCGGACUUUUGUGACAUUGUGCCCGUGCUCAAUGCAGGACUGCAUCGCAAGCCACGGGCAACCAUCAAGACGAUACGGAACAAGUACUCGCACAAGAUAUUCCACGAGGUGGCCAAGGUGCCGCUGCUGACGAACCAGGAGCUCUUCCAGGGCAACCUCGACCUGAACGAAAGCAAUCUGUCGUAGGACAGCCUCAAAGUUUAGCCAAAUUCAACAUGUUACGCUUCACUUAGGCUCUAAGACGCUUCUGUUCCCGUAUUAACCCUAACCUGUUCCCGACGAAACAGCGGAUCCCCGCCUUAAUCGAAAAACCAGACCCUGAUUUUACCCUAUACCUAGUCCCGAGUUCCCGCCAAGUCCUCACAAUUUAUUAUAUUUUAAUUAUUAUUGUGACCUUUGCAUUAUUGACAUGUUUUUGCAUAAAUAUUAUGUUAAGAGUGCUUUUGUUUCUUUUGUCAUGUAUUAUUGUUUAGUUUUCCACAUGCCGCAUACGUAGCCACACACACACACCCCCAUCAAUCUAAGCUGAAAAUUCGACUUUAUCUCUAGCACCCACCACAAACCCAAAAACGAUUCAUGUUUUAAUAUGUACGUUAGUCUUAAGAGAUGCCAGCAUUAAAUAAACCUAACUCGUAAGCCACCAAA